AAGUCUACAACCUAGUGGCAGAGGAUUGUUGACUGAAGAAUGGCAUUUGAUCACGAUGCCUUGCUCUCAAAUGCCUACUUUCCUUCAUUAGACUAGAUGACAUUAGGAUAUCUGUCUCACAGACACUAACAUGAAACUAAACUUGAAUCUCAAUUUGUUCCUGAGUUUGAUGUGGCUGUCCUUACAUUCCACAGAUGCAAUUACGUACAGAGAAACGUUGGGGAUGGGCCAAUUACUGGGAACCUCAGAUACUUUGGUGUCUGCUAACGGGAACUUCGAACUGGGGUUUUUCGCUCGUGAGAAUUCGACCAAGUACUAUGUAGGGAUGUGGUUUAAGAAAGUUCCUAAAGAUAACAUUGUUUGGGUUGCGAAUAGAAAGCUCGCCACCAGCGAUUCCAAUGCCGUUCUCACUGUUAAUGAGGAAGGAAAUCUUGUUGUUAAGAAUGAAGGAAUGGUAUACUUCGUCACCAACAUUUCCGGUGUCAGCAAUACCCAUGCUCUGCUCUUGGAUUCAGGUAAUCUCCUGCUGAUGAACAACUCCAAGUUGAACAUUUUGUGGCAAAGUUUCGACAAUCCCACGAAUACCCUUUUGCCUGGAAUGAAGGUAGGAUUUGACUCAGAAUUAGAAAUCAGUUGGUCAUUGAGAUCGUGGACAAGUGUAGAAGACCCAAGUCCUGGAAAUUUCUCUCUUGAAGUUGACACUUCCAAUUGGAGGCAGAGGCUAAUAAUCAGGAGGAAGUCUGAGAUAUACUGGGUUGGCGAUGAACUAUCUAAUUUCACGUUUCAAAGUUCUAAUAACCGAGACGGUGCUAUAUGGGACUUGGGCUAUUUAACUUGGCAGGGGGACUAUUCUUCUCGAUUGGUUCUGGAAGUUUCUGGAGAGCUUAACCAGCAAUUAUGGUCACAAGACACCAUGCAGUGGGUUUCUUUGCUGUCAUCCAAGUGCGGGAGAAACGCAACCUGUGGAAAUUUUGGCAUUUGCAACCCGCAAGCCACGGACCCUUGUGAGUGCCUCCGCGGAUUUAAGCCGUACGAUGAAGAUUCUUGGAAGAAAGGGGACACAUCCGCAGGUUGCGUGAGGAAAAAUGAGUUAUGCAGUAACAUGAGCAGCAAUGGAUUGGGUGACGGGUUUUUACCAGUCGAUAGAGUGGAUUUUCCUUUAGACAGUCCGCUUGCCUUCAAGACUGAGAACGCUUUAACAUGUCAAAAAGAUUGCUCAAUCAAUUGUUCUUGCGUCGCUUAUGCUUACGAUGUUAUGGGUCGUUGCUUGUUCUGGCUUGAUCGAGUGUUGAAUCUGAAGAACAUCUCGGUUGAUCUUAGAGAUGAUAAUUCUAGACCAAGUUUCCACCUCAAACUGGCUCGCUCUGAGUUGAUUGACAAUGAGUUGAAUACAGAAAAGAAUCCUGAUCAUAAGUCUAAUCAGAGCCAGAAAGUGGUGCUAACAAUUGUCGUAGUUAUCUCAUUUCUUUCGUUGUUUACACUAGUCCUAUUUGCAUACUACUGCUGGACGAGAAAGCUUGGGAGAGAAGCGGAGGAUCUGCUAUUGUUUGAUACAGGCAUGAGCAUGAAAGUUGAGAUCUCAGAGCUUAGCGAUGUCGAUAAGGUUGGGAGAGUUAACAAGAGGGAUGUCAAAUUGCCAUUGUUUAGCUUUGCAAGCGUUUCUGCAGCAACUAAUAACUUUUCACCUGAAAAUAAGCUUGGUGAGGGUGGCUUUGGACCUGUUUACAAAGGUAAGCUGUUGAAUGGGGGUGAGGUUGCUGUGAAAAGGCUAUCUGCAAAAUCUGGUCAAGGAUGGGAGGAGUUGAAAAAUGAAGCAUUGCUCAUUGCAAAACUCCAACACAACAAUCUUGUUAGGCUUUUGGGUUGUUGCAUUGAACGUGAUGAAAAGAUGCUGAUUUAUGAAUUCAUGCCAAACAAAAGCUUGGAUUUUUUCCUUUUUGAUGCAACAAAACGCCAGAUUUUGGAUUGGGAAACCCGAGUUCGAAUAAUUGAUGGGAUUGCUCAAGGUCUUCUCUAUCUUCAUCAGUAUUCUAGGUUUUGAAUCAUUCAUAGAGAUCUAAAAGCCAGCAAUAUCUUGUUGGACAUCAACAUGAAUUCUAAAAUAUCAGAUUUUGGAAUGGCAAGAUUAUUUGGUAGAAAUGAAUUACAAGCAAAUACCAACCGGAUAGUUGGUACUUAUGGUUAUAUGUCUCCUGAAUAUGCAUUGGAAGGUAUUUUCUCAAUAAAAUCAGAUGUGUUUAGCUUCGGAGUCCUUUUGUUGGAGAUAAUAAGUGGGAAAAAGAAUACUGGUUUGUAUAAAACAAACUCCCUCAAUCUUCUCGGAUAUGCAUGGGACCUAUGGACAAGUGGGAGAGGAACAGAGCUGAUGGAUUCAGCAUUAGAAGGUGCAUCCAUAAAGAAAAUGGUGUUACUAAGAUACGUGAAUAUAGCACUGCUUUGUGUUCAAGAAAGUGCAGAAGACAGACCGACCAUGUUUGAUGUUGUUUCAAUGCUUGGGAAUGAGAAUGUCGUACUGCCUUCUCCUAACCCUAUAGCUUUCCUGAAUGUAAGAGGUAUCAGGACUUCAAGUUCAGAAGGAAGCUCAACAGAAAAUGUUUCUAUCAAUAACAUGACUGCUUCUGUUAUGGAAGCAAGAUCUAUUCCUCUCUCCCCUCCAGCUGGAAUGCGGAUUUUCUACGCUUCAGGGGCGGCUGCUCACGAUACUAGCCAUCGGCUUGAACGGCUUGCUGGUUUCAUGAAUUUCGAAGCUGAAUCUACGCACACUCAGAAAUUACGUUUUCCUCCAGUUCUUUCUAGCUUCGCUAAGGGUCCAAGCAUCAAUGGAGGUGAGCACUUUUCACUGAGACCCACAUCCUUUAACCCCAUUUCCCUUCAACCAUCGCAGCCAGGUCUGUAUCUUGCUUCCUUGACAUUUUCCGGGCGGCAAAAGCUAUAUAUUGGUGCAUUAUAUUUAAUGGUAAUGAAGAAUUUUUCUGUACUGCCUAUUUGCAUUGCUUUACUCUUCUUUAGAACCUCCACUUCAUUAGACAGUAUCACUCCGAGUCAGCCUUUAAGAGAUGGUCAGACCUUAGUUUCAAGUGUAGGAGCAUUUGAGAUGGGUUUUUUCAGUCCUGGAAAAACGAAGAACCGAUACGUGGGUAUAUGGUACAAGCAUAUUUCUCCUUUGACAGUGGUAUGGGUGGCCAAUAGAGAAGCACCGCUCAGUGAUGGUUCAGGAAUUUUAGCAGUGAACGAUCAGGGAAUUCUUGUCCUGGUGGAUAGCACAAAUAGGACUGUUUGGUCAUCUAAUAAUUCUAUAAUAGCUGAGAAGCCAAUUGUAAGGCUCUUAGACACAGGAAAUCUUAUCAUUAGUGACCAAAAAUACUGUGAUAAGGAUCAUUUCAUAUGGCAGAGUUUUGAUUAUCCCUGUGAUACCUUAUUGCCAGGAAUGAAGCUUGGAUUUAACCUGGUCACUGGUCUGAAUAGGUUCCUAUCUUCUUGGAAAAGCCCAGAUGAUCCUAGUCAAGGGGAACAUAUACUGAAAUUAUACCCUCAAGGAUAUCCACAAUCAUUUCAAUUGAGGAGAAACGUCAUACAUUUCAGAGCAGGAUCGUGGAAUGGCCUUUAUUUUACUGGAUAUCCAGUUCAAAAACAAAAUCCAGUAUACAUGGCAAAGUUUGUUUUCAAUGAUAAAGAGGCAUAUUAUGAGUAUGAACUCGUGAAUAGUUCAGUUUACUCCAGAAUUACAAUGUCUCCUUCAGGCAUGGGGAUGCGUUUAGUAUGGAGUAAUCAAAGAGGCAUGUGGGAGAUUAUCUCAGCUAACAUGGCAGAUCAGUGUGACAAUUAUGGCUUGUGUGGGGCAUACUCUAUCUGCGAUUUUAGUAGCUCCAGUGUCUGUGAGUGCUUGAAAGGAUUUAUGCCCAAAAAUGUGGAACAGUGGAAUAUAUCAAAUUGGUCCGGUGGAUGUGUUCAAAGUGCUCGAAUGGAUUGUAACAGUAUAGAUGGCUUCCGAAAGUAUAGAGGUGUGAAAUUGCCAGACACAUCUUCUUCCCAGUUUAAUAAGACCAUGAACCUUGAGGAAUGUCAACAAUCAUGCCAGAGAAAUUGUUCUUGUACAGCAUUUGCAAAUUUGGAUAUCCGUGAUGGAGGAAGUGGCUGCUUACUUUGGUUUAAUGAUCUGAUUGACAUGAAGCAAUUACCUCAAGGAGGACAGGACAUUUUUAUUCGUGUCCCUCCUUCAGAGUUAGACUUUUUUGAGAAUAAACGCUAUGGAAACUUCAAUAAGAGAAAGCUCCUAGGAAUCGCUGUUGGUUCUGUUGCAGUAAACAUGGGCAUGAUGCUUAUAAUUUUGGGAUUGAUUAAAUGUGUAUGGAAAAGAAAACUCAAAAAGUCAGGGAUGACAAAAAUAUGUUAUAAGAAUCCUUGCUACAAUAAAUUAAGAAUGGAAGACACGGAUCUACAGAUAUUUGAUUUGUCAAUCAUUGCUAAAGCCACUGAUAAUUUUUCAAGCGCCAAUAAAUUAGGAGAAGGUGGCUUCGGACCAGUCUACAAGGGCGCUUUGGGAGAUGGACAAGAAUUAGCAGUGAAAAGGCUAUCUGAGAAUUCUGUUCAAGGUUUUGAGGAGUUCAAAAAUGAAGUUUUGUUGAUAGCCAAACUUCAACAUCGUAACCUUGUGAAACUUCUUGGUUGCUGCAUUGAAGAAGAAGAAAAACUGUUGAUCUAUGAAUACAUGCCGAAUAGAAGUCUAGACCACUUUAUUUUUGAUGAAAGUAGAAGCAAGGUGUUGGAUUGGACAGAGCGUUUCCACAUAAUUAAUGGCAUUGCUCGUGGACUUCUCUAUCUUCAUGAAGAUUCUAGAUUAAGAGUCAUUCAUAGAGAUUUAAAAACAAGCAAUUUACUAGAUACAAAUUUAAAUUCAAAAAUAUCAGAUUUUGGCCUAGCUCGAACAUUUGGAGAUCAAAUUGGGGCCAAAACAAGCAGGAUAGCUGGAACAUACGGUUACAUGCCUCCAGAAUAUGCUAUGCAUGGACAUUUCUCGAUAAAAUCAGAUGUUUUCAGUUUUGGAGUAAUAGUACUAGAGAUGAUCAGUGGAAAGAAGAAUAGAGAAUUUUCAGAUUUAGAAAACUUCUUGAAUCUUCUUGGAUAUGCAUGGAGACUGUGGAGAGAGGGAAUGGCCCUGGAAUUAAUGGAUCAAGCAUUAAGAGAAAGAUUCAAUCUAUCGGAAGUCAUGCAAUGCAUACAAGUGGGCCUGUUAUGUGUGCAACAAAGACCAGAAGAUAGACCAGACAUGUCAUCUGUGGUUUUAAUGCUGAAUGGAGAGAAAUCAUUGGCCGACCCAGGUGCUCCCGCUUUCUACAUUGAAAGUAAAAUGCCUGAAGCAGAUUCUUCCCUGGAAAAAUGUAAACCUUCCUCACCAAAUGAAAUGUCCCUUACAAUAUUCGAGGCAAGAUAGUGUAUACAAAGGCUCUACUUACCUGAAUGGAAAACGUUCAUCAGUAGAAAAUCACUCUCAUUGUGCUGCGAGACAUGAUGGUAAGUCCUAAAAUUAUGUUGAAAAUUCUUCAUUCGAUAUAAACAUCUAAACCAGGAGUUGGGCCCGGCCUGACGUACAUCUUGUCUUAAGUCGUCUUCCUAAGAGACAAGGGCACACCAGUUGCUCCAAUUGUCUCAGGCCAUUUCUACAAGAGCCGAAGAGGGUAGAGGCCUUGUACUUAAUUUUCUUCGUCAAACUUCAAUAUAUCAAAGAAAUUUUCAGAGACGGACUCAA